AUGAAGUCUCGAAUGGUUGCGCUUCAAUGGCUUCCAAUACUAAUGCUCAUUCCAGUUAUGCACUCUACUUCUGUGACUGCAAAAGGGUUGCGCGUUCCACGGUUGGCUCGACUUGGAGGAAUGAACAAUCCAAGGGUGAGACCACUGGGAAGAAUUUCAAGGAAUUCUGCAAGUUUUGCUGCAUCAAGUAUUUAUCACAACUUGCAGACAUUUUAUUACAAUCAAACACUUGAUCACUUCAAUUACAGGCCUGACAGCUUUGACAUGUUUCAACAAAGAUAUGUCAUCAACUCAAAGUAUUGGGGUGGUGCUAUUUCCAAUGCACCGAUCUUUGUUUACUUUGGGGAAGAAGCACCGUUAGAAUAUGACUUCGGUGAUAUUGGGAUCCUCGCAGAAAAUGCCCAUCGUUUUAAGGCUCUUCAAGUUUACAUCGAGCACCGAUACUAUGGGAAAUCAAUCCCAUUUGGAUCAAGGAAUGAAGCUUUCAAAAAUGCUAGUACACUUGGAUAUUUCAACUCAGCUCAAGCUUUAGCAGACUACGCAGAGAUUAUCAUCCACGUAAAGGAGAAAUUCCAUGCUCAACGCUCUCCUGUGAUUGUCGUUGGAGCAUCAUAUGGUGGAAUGCUUGCUUCGUGGUUCCGGCUGAAAUAUCCACAUAUUGCUCUCGGAGCUCUGGCCUCUUCAGCUCCAAUCCUAUACUUCACUGAUAUAACACCAGCGCAUGCUUAUGUUUCUAUUGUCACCAAAGAUUUCAGAGAAGACAGUCAGAGUUGCCAUGAUACUAUAAAAAAGUCAUGGACAGUGAUUGACAAAAUUGCUUCCAAACCUGAUGGUCUUUCAAUCCUGAGCAAGAAAUUCAAGACUUGCAAGCCCUUGAACAAUUCUUCUGAGCUCAAAGACUACUUGGCCGGCAUAUAUAUGGCUGCUGCUCAAUAUGAUGCGCCUCCAUCCUAUCCAGUAACCGUGAUCUGUAGAAGCAUUGAUGAACCUUCCUUUGGAAAUGACAUUCUAGGUAGAAUAUUUGCCGGCAUGGUUGCUUAUCGAGGAGAACUCCCAUGUUAUGUUAACAAACCCACCAAAGAAACCGAAACCGAUGUGGGUUGGAGCUGGCAGACGUGUGCUGACAUGGUGAUACCUUUCGGCAUCAGCAAUGAUUCCAUGUUUCAACCAUAUCCAUUUGAUCUAAAUGUUUAUAUCAACGACUGCAAGGACGAAUACGGAGUCCCUCCUAGACCACAUUGGGUUACUACUUAUUUUGGAGGCCAUGAUAUAAAGCUGAUUCUCAAACGGUUCGGUAGUAACAUCAUUUUUUCCAAUGGACUAAGAGAUCCUUACAGCAGCGGCGGGGUGUUGCAGAACAUAUCAGAAAGUGUUGUUGCUAUCACAACUGUGAAGGGUUCUCAUUGCUUGGAUGUGCUUGCAACAACAAAAAGCGAUCCGCAAUGGUUGGUAGCACAAAGAAAGGAGGAAGUCCGGAUCAUUCGAAAAUGGAUUAGAAAUUACUUCUCGGAUUUGGAUGCUUGCGAAAAAGGAAAACAUCACUAG